AUGACAUUAAAGAUUCGAGUAGAACGAAAUAAUAAGAUUCUUGAUUCCGAGUUAUCAUAUUGGCUUUAUAUUGAUGGCGGAUCACGAGGUGAAAAACGGCAACGGACAGCAUACACAAGAAAUCAGGUCCUGGAACUCGAAAAGGAAUUUCAUUUCAAUAAGUAUUUGACGAGGAAAAGGCGAAUUGAAAUUGCACACUCGUUGAUGCUCACAGAACGGCAGGUCAAAAUAUGGUUCCAAAAUAGGCGGAUGAAACAUAAAAAGGAGAACAAGGUAAGUACUCACAAAUUCCCUUUAUUUCUUCUUCUUUUAUAA